ACAACUUAUCAGAUUUUAUUUAAAAGCAAACUCAGAAACAAUCGCAAGGAACUUUUUUGAAAACUAUUGGAAUUUUUUGGCCAUUUCCACUUUUAUUAUUAAUUAAAAGUUAUCAAUAAAAAGAUAUCGUAACGUAUACACAACGCGCUUUCAACGGAAAACUGUGAUACGUAGUGAACAACGCGUAAAAAAAGCACGAGACGCUUUGCUGUAAUUGGAACAGUGAUUUACACGGAUAAUUUGCUGGCAGUGGUAGCGGUAGCCGCACUAACUGCAAAGCAUUGACAACAACACAACAAACAAUCAGCUAAAACCUAUUGGAGCACCAAACACUUUUCGCAAUACUCUCGAGCCCAUCGAAUUGUCAACGGACACCUUAACACUUCCAAUAAAACUGCAUACUCAAGUUAUGGACAAAAUGCCAGCCAAACAGUUUGAAUCAAAACCAUGGCCAGACUUGGCUGACAGCGAUGACAGUGAUAUGGAAAAUGAAAUAGAUGUAGAUAAACUGCCACCUUUAGAAGUUGGGCCGAAUGAGAACCGGCUGCAGCAUACUUACUGCCUUUGGUUCUCACGUAAGGGAACACAUCGUGCCACGGAUUAUAGCAAAUCACUACAUGUCGUAGGACGCUGUGCCAGUGUACAACAGUGGUGGUCGUUGUAUUCGCAUCUUAUAAGGCCAACAGCUUUGAAGCCCUAUCGGGAAUUAAGCCUCUUUAAACAGGGCAUAAAACCGAUGUGGGAAGAUCCAGCAAACACAAAAGGUGGCCAAUGGGUAAUACGAUUACGGAAGAAUAAAAUUGACCGAGCGUGGGAAAACGUUUGUAUGGCAAUGUUGGGUGAACAGUUUCUCGUGGGUGAUGAGAUAUGUGGAAUAGUACUGACAACAAAGUAUCCGGAGGAUAGCUUAUCAGUUUGGAAUCGCACUGCCACUGAUCACACGAGCACGACACGUAUCCGUGACACGCUACGUAGGAUAUUAAACAUACCUCUAACAACGGCAAUGGAGUAUAAGAUACACUGUGAUAGCCUUAAAUAUGUAGCAAUUAAUAAAGGGCCUCUGAAAAGCUGAAAUUCAGUCAACACGUUCAAUGCAACAAAAAUAAAAACAAUCACAGAUGACACAAUGCGCCAUGUUAACAGCAAUGGUAAUAAUUAUAAUAAUAAUAACAGCAACAACAAUGGACAGAGCAACGGCGAUAACAGAAGCGGCAACAGUAUGGAUACAAUGAGCAAUAAUUAUCACAACAACAACCACAACAACAACAAUGGAAACAACUAUAACAAUAACAACUAUUUAUACGAUAUUAAUAAUGCUAGCAUUGCUAAUGCCUAAAAUAGAAUACAAAAAAUAAUAUGAAAGAUACUGCAACAAGCAUUAUAACAACCCGCUGACCACCAAAAACCAUAGCUGCUGACCUCCAGACAUGUAUAUGCUUAUCUAAUUGGCAAAAAUUCAGAAAUUAUAAAUAUAAUUUUUUUGUAAUUUUCUUGAAAUUAUUUGAAUGCAAAAGAGCGCUUUAACAACAACAACAAUUGAAAAGAUAACAGUUACCACAACAACAAGUGUUAGCGUUACUACUAGUAUUUCUAGUAAUAAAAGCGCUGUCACACCACCCAUCAACCUAUGUUUGUCAUUAAUACUUGCAGUCAGUCAUUGAAAUGUUAUUGCCACACAAUGUUGCAUUAUAAUUUUAAUAUGAUUAUUACUUACUUACUAAGUGCAUACUGUCAUCAGGGCGAUUUAUAAAAUCGCUUCAAUUGUUUUUAUUUAAUAACCGAUUUGCAAAUUAUUCUCGAUAAAUUUCUUUUUUUGUUUUGUUUUGUUUUUCGCAAAUCCAAUAAGUUUGUAUCAACAACAACCACACACACACACACAUACACUAACAUAUGUUUAAUGAUGAACGCCAACAUUGUAAGAGUUUUAUUCAAAUUCCAACACAAUAAUAGUAUGUACUAUGUCGUAAACUACUAUAACGGUAGUUAUUAACUAAAAGUUAUACAAGAAUGCAUACCAGUAAACAUACUCAACCGACAUUAAACAAAUACAACAAAUAUUGUAUGUAAUUUAUUGAGAAUAUUUCCCCACACACCCGAAAAAAAAACAUAAAUAUUAAAUAAAGAACGAAGGAAGAAAAGUUAUAUAAAAAUUUAAUAAAAAGUUAUUAAAGUUGCAAAAAAUAAAAGCAGUUAAAACGAA